CUCCAUGAUGCGCUAAAAGGAGGGACCUGUGCAUGGAGGACAAUGUCGCGGUCUGAGCUCGAAAAAUACAAGGCGGAUGUAGAAAGGUGGCAGGUUGAAGGUGAAGUCAUCGGGAAACCUCGUAAGAAAUGUUCAGAUGCAGAUACAUCAUGCAAA